AUGUUUGCUGACGACCUUAAGCUCUGGAAUAUUGUGGAUAUCCCGGGGGGUCCUGAGGCAAUUCAGCGUGCGUUGGAUACGCUCUGGGAAUGGUCUAUCUUAUGGUUGAUGCCCAUAAAUAGGGCGAAGUGCUCUGUUCUCCGAAUCGGAGCUGCAAAUCCUCCCACCCGAUAUGUCGUCGGCGGUGGUGAACUCCCUGUUGUCACUCAGCAGGUUGAUUUAGGAGUCGUACACGCAUCAGCACUUCAUUCUGGAGACAACUGGAAGAAGGCUGCUUGUCGAGGGUUUCGUAUGAUGUGGUUUAUCCGCCGCUCUUUCGGAAUCUUAACGGCCAAGUUGUUUGUGAAGCUAUUUUCGGCAUUCGUCCGACCCCACCUGGAAUAUUGUAUUUAG